AUGUGCCACUUUCAGGUCUCCUCACACUGCUGGUGUGUUGAAUUUUUUGACAUAGGGUGCUGGCAGAUUACGGGCCUCCUAUAGCUGCUGCCAGGCCCCUAAUCUGCCAUGGGCCCCUAUACCGCCUCCUCAUGCUGCUGCCAGGUCCAGAGUCUCUCAUGGGUCCCUGUAGGCCUCCCAUUGCUGCUGUCUCCAUCGCCACACUCUGCCAUGUGCCACUUUCAGGUCUCCUCACACUGCUGGUGGGUUCCAUUUUGUCAUAGGGUUGCUGUAUGGCCUCCCAUUGCUGCUGCCUCCACCGCCACACUGUGGCUCCAAACACUGGUUUUGGCCCCGUGACUGCCCAAAUGUGUGAAGUGUGCGGUGAUUCUAAGAUCGACGGCACUCAUCUGCAUGUCAUACUGACUGACAGUAUUAUUUCUCUUCCCCAGCAGACUCCAAGGGCAUUUAAAUUAAAGGUACAGUGUUCUGCAUAUAU